AUGAAUUUUAAAACAGUCCACAUUCUGAGCUACUUGGUGGGCCUCUUCUUCGCGCUCGAGCCAUCGUAUAUCCACCCGGAUGAGCAUUUUCAAAGCAUGGAAAUCCUGGCUCACCGAAUCCUCGGAACUAGGGGUACAAUUCCUUGGGAGUUUGAACCUGAACAUGCAGCGCGAAGCUUCGUGCCCCUAUAUGUCGUAUAUGGACCGGCCUUUUAUUUCUUUCGAAUGUUUUGGGGCACCUCUGCGAGCUCAGGAAUCGCAUUGAUGUAUCUCGUGCGCUUGCAAAAUUAUGUGGUUUUUACAUGCAUCUACAAGCUGGCCUUACAAUUUUUGCUGCGGUCCAAAUUGGACCGGGCCAAAGCGAAUUUCUACAUUUCCACCUCCUAUAUUGCCUGGACCUACCAGACGCACUCGUUCUCUAAUUCGAUGGAAACCUGUGUUCUUCUCACCGUGCUAUCGUUAUUUCAGGUUUUGACGCUGGACUCCCGAAAUCCGAAGUACAACCACUAUAAGACAUCUAUCUUUAUGGCCAUUGCCAUAGCGUUCGGCUUGUUCAACCGAAUCACAUUUGCUGGCUUUAUCGCACUUCCAGCACUGCUACCAUUCUACAAAUUUUACAUGGGUCAUUUAAGGUCGCUUUUGGUCUUCAUAACUGCUUUUUCCUUGUCUUGCAUGGCUUUCAUUUACAUCGAUACGAAGUUAUAUGGAACUUCUCGUUGGUCUGUGACUCCACUUAACAACUUGAGAUACAACUUGAAUGCUUCCAACUUGGCGUUGCAUGGAAUUCACUCCCGAUACACACAUCUAUUUGUUAAUUUGCCACAAAUGGUCGGCCCGCUUGUAAUAUAUUUCGUUGCGAUCAAACAAAAGGUUACUAUGCCGUUUUUGUCAUGCAUCUCCGGUCUUCUAAUACUAUCACUGUUCCAGCAUCAAGAGCUACGGUUUUUAGUUCCAUUAAUGCCUCUCUUUUGUUCUUCGAUAGACCUUUCAAAGUACAGAAACGCUCUCGUUACAAAAUAUGUCACAGUUGUGUGGCUUGCCUUCAAUGCAAUAUUUGGACUCUUCAUGGGAUCCUUACACCAGAGGGGAGUUAUCACUGCCAUCCAAAACAUGACGAAAGAGGAAGGUCCAGUAGGGGUUGAUAUUUGGUGGAAAACAUACUCACCACCUACAUGGCUAUAUGCUAAUAGAGACCUGAUUGUAUCAACCACCAAUAUAGAGGGAGAUCUCGAGAGUUUAGACUUGGUUGAUUUUACUAUAACUAAGGACCAUGUUGUCGAUUUGAAAGGAUGUGAUUAUGAUUUAUUUGAAUCUGCGAUUUUAGGGUUUUUGAAAUCCGAACCCACAAGCAUUCGCCUUAUAAUUCCAAAAUCCACAAAUAAGUUUUUAACCGAGUUUAAGAACAGCCAUUCCGAAAUUGAUAUUCAAACUAAGUGGGAAACGUAUUUUAAUAUAGAUAUGGAUCACCUGGAUUUCUCCGAUCUAUCUACUCUUACACCAGGCAUAACGAUGUAUGCGAUCAGUAUGCUAUAG